UUGCCUGGCAACCACAGACGCGUUCCGGUCAACCCGGAAGUGCGUGGCCUUAAAGCAAUGGCGGAGUCCAGGGAGAAAUCCGGUCUCGUAUGGUGUGUUUGUGUUUAUUUUCGGUGUUGUGUAGUUGUGUUGUUGUUGUCCGCUGUCUUGAUCCCUGUGUUCGGGGAUCUGGGACCCGAAAGCGACGCGUUUCGUGCCGGAAGUUCUGGCCUAUCAGCGGCUGCGGCGGCAGCGCGAGACGUGCGAUACCUGCUGUAUGACGUUAACCCUCCUGAGGGCUUUAACCUGCGGAGGGAUGUGUACAUCCGUAUGGCGUCCCUGCUGAAGACACUGAUGCAGCAUGACGACUGGGUGAUGGUUCUGCCCCCAUGGGGUCGUCUGUACCACUGGCAGAGUCCCGACAUGCACCAGGUAAAGAUCCCUUGGGCCGAGUUCUUCAGCGUCACCAGUCUGCAGGCCAACAUUCCUGUCAUUGAGUACGAAGAGUUCAUCGCAGAGUCGGGCGGGCCUUUCAUUGAUCAGGUGUUGGUGCUGCAGAACUAUGCAGAAGGCUGGAAAGAGGGAACAUGGGAAGAGAAGGUGGACGAGCGACCCUGCAUCGAUCGCCUCACGUACAAUAAAGACAAGCAAGGAUACUACAGAGGCUGGUUCUGGGGUUAUGAGGAGACUCGAGCUCUCAGUGUGACCUGUCUGUCUGCUCAGGGACACGCCUCUGUCCUAGCGCCUUAUCUACAGGACAACAUCACGGCCACCUCAGUGAUGAUAGACAGAGCUGAAACCGUCCUCCAUGAUCAUUAUGCAGGAAAAGAUUACUGGAAUACCCGACGCAGUAUGGUGUUUGCCAAACACCUGCGUGUCCUUGGAGACCAAUUUAGAGCACAAUUCCUCAACUCCACUGACGAGCAGGACCACACACCUUACAGCGAGGACUGGACACGCAUGAGGGCCAAGUUGGGCAGUGCUAAAGGAGGCCCAUAUCUGGGCGUGCACCUACGCAGGAAGGACUUUAUCUGGGGUCACCGUGAGGACGUACCAAGCCUGAAGGGGGCUGUGAAGAAAAUCCGCAGCAUCAUGAAGAAGCACAAGCUGGACAAAGUGUUUAUAGCCACUGAUGCUGAUGAUGAAGAGGUGUUGAAGCUGAAGAAGUUUCUACCUGAGAUGUGGCGCUAUGAACCGAGUCGCACUGAUCUCGAGCUGCUGAAGGAUGGAGGAGUCGCCAUUAUAGACCAGUGGAUCUGUGCACAUGCCCGCUACUUCAUCGGGACCUCGGUUUCGACCUUCUCCUUCCGCAUCCACGAGGAACGAGAGAUUCUGGGAUUCGACCCUAAGACCACCUACAACCGUUUCUGUGGUGACGAGGAGAAAGAGUGCGAACAGCCAACACACUGGAAAAUAGUUUACUGAUCCGGGGGAAAAAAACUCCCCGCACUGAGCUCUGUUACUCCGUUACAGGAGCACUACAACCGCCGCCUCUAUACAUGCUACCAUACAGUGUUUUUAUCCAGAAUGUGUUCUGUAAAAUCCAGAAUUAUUGGCACCCUUCGUAAAAAACGGCACAAACAAACGACGAGUCCUUGAGCAUUUUGAGCUCACACGCAGGGACACGGCACAGACUCCUCAUCCUACAAAAGAUUUUUGUUCUCAGAUAUUAAGUUUUUUGUCUGUUUUUAUUCAAAACGGUGUUUUCUAAAAUUAUUGGCACCCCCCCUAGACUUGAGUACGAGUGAACCGUCUGGUGUACAUGAGCUGUUAUCUAGAACCCGGAGACUUCACUUUACUUUCAAGCCACGGGAGAUUAGUUACUGAACGCGCAUGACACCUAGCUGCGAAUUCGGUACGAUUCCGUAAACCAACAAACCCAAGCGCUUGGUUUCAAUCCCUCGACCGGUCCUAUGGCACAUCAGUUCCUUACUGUUAUUGCCGUAUUUCUUGUUUACACAAAAAUAGAAAGAAAAAAUGAUA